UCUUGUAUAUUUUUUAUCUUAUUGUAAUGGAACAUGGAGGAACGUUCAGGAAUUCCACCGGAGUCGGAUUUUCGGAGACUUAAACAGCUUCUAAUUCUGGGAGGAUCCAACUCAGUGUAUCGCCCCCAUUCUGUAUCACACACUACUUCAAAAAUCGAUGUCAGCUUCCUCCGAAGGUUAAUUGUUGGCGGUAGAGGAAAAGAUGUUGUUGGUAUUAUCAAACAGUACAGUUUGGAGGGAAGAGCUGCAAAGCAGGAUGGGAUACUUCGUGCCCUAGCCGUCUGUUCGACAUCCAUCGAUUUAGUGACGAAGCGCGAGGCAAACAAGAUCAUCCCAGAUGUAUGCAGAAUAUUUGACUACCUCAUAAAAUUCAUCAAAUUUUCCCAAGAAGAUGCUGGGGGUAGGAAGUGGGGACGUGCAAGGCGAAAAGCUAUUGCUAACCUCUACAAUAAUUACCCAGGCGGCCCGAUGAAAUUAGCAUAUCACGUGACCAAAUAUCGCAAAAGGAGAAAUAUGAGUCAUAAAGAUGUCAUACGCCUUGCGCAUGUCAAACCUUUCAAUCAAGAAAUGCAGUAUAUACUUGGAUACAUCGUCCAUAGUUCAAAUGGCGUCGAUUUAAACAUCCAUCAUCGGUCCCCUGAAUUAGAAACAGUCCAGACUUACAUACAAGGAGUGGAAGAAGCUCGAAGACGCAGGGCAAGAAAUGACGAGGCUCGCCUCAUUCACUUAAUUGGAAGACACCAACUUUGCCAUGAACAUGUAAAGAAAGAAUUCCUGAACAAACCUGAUGUAUGGCAUGCUCUGCUUCAACAUACACCAAUUCAUGCAGUCAUCCACAACUUGAAUACCUUGGCAUCAAAUAGGGUAUUCGAAAGGCACAAUGGAGAAGAAAACUUAGUUUCGCAAAAAUUGAACGAUGUUGGGUUGCUGAAUAAGGUUCGAGUGCAUCCUUUUGAAAUUCUUACAGCAUAUUUCCAGCACAAAUCGGGAGAAAGGAAUGCUCGCGGAAAUAUAUUUACACCAUCGGAAACAAUUCUUUGUGCUCUUGAAGAAGCCUUUUACAAGUCAUUGAAACCACAGAACGACAUUUUUGAGGCAAGGGGUGUUCGAAUGGUUUUCGGUAUAGAUAUGACUAUAUCACCAUCUGAUUACGUAGUUUCUGCUAAAAUAACCUCACGCCAGGCAGUUACGGGUAUUCUGUUAGAACUCGUCAGAUAUGUUUAUUUUUGUCAUGUUUUACCGUUUGGGUCUUCCGAUAUUCGUAGUUAUCUACCGAUAUCGCCAGACGACAGACUUGAAAAUGUCGAAAAUUCGCUUUUCAUCCAUGACGUUGAAAGUUCAGACUUGACAAAACCUUUAGAUUACGCAAUUAGGAAACAGUUAGAUGUAAACGUGUUCGUUUUAUUUACUUCAAAGAUCUACGAUGAACAGGGGCAUUAUCGUCUGAAGGAAGCCAUGGAUCGCUACAAAUCACAGCCCUGGGCGGGCAGGGAGCCCAAAGUUGUUGUUGUGGACGUCAUGGGAAAGCAAUCCCCCGUUUCGUCAUUCGAGGACGAUUUCCUCCCCAUAGAGGGCGCUGAUUCACAGGUGGUUAAUGUGAUCAAAGAGUUUGCAGUUGGCUGGGACUAGAUUUAAAAUCAUAUAACCAAAAUUGGAAAUACCGAAUAUGGAUGUCGUGGGAAAGCAAUGCCCCAUUUCGUCAAACUAGGACGAUUUUCUCUGCAUAGAGGGCGCUGAUUCACAGUAGGUUAAUGUGAUCAAACAGUUUGCAGUUGGUUGGGACUAGAUUUAAAAUCAUAACCGAAUAUGGGAAAAAAAUGUCUACCAUUUGUAUUUUUAUGUGUACAGACAUGAACAAUAUGUACACUCGUACAGCUGCAGAGACAAGUAACUUGAUACGGUUAAAGUCUUUCUGAAAUUAUUGAUCAUGAAGAAAUUAACACAGCCUUUCUAAUAUCAAACGUGAAUGUGA